AUGCCAGCCCAAAUAUUAAGGGCCCUUAAAGGCAAACGGACGACAGUAAAAGCACAGUGCACACGCACGCGAAACGCGAUAGAUGCGAUAAAUCCGCAAACGGUAGAUAUUACGUACGUGAAGCAACGGAAAGAGAAAUUUGUUGAAUAUUGGAAUCUAUUCAAUGUGACUCAAGGGCAAAUCGACGAGUUUUUAGCAACUGAUAUGGAUUUGGAAAAUGUAGAAGAGCUUAGAACCGAACAAGAAACAGAAUACGUAAACUUCGAAGAAAAUUAUUUUUGUAUUGCUGGUAAAAUAGAACGCUUAUUAUCACGCGAUUACAAACCGGUCGACGGAAACGAAGCGCGAGCAAGGAGCAAUGGCGAGCAAGCACCGAUUGCUGAAGGCAGUGUACGCGAUAUUAGUCAAAUUCUUUUACCGAAAAUUGUCAUACCAAAAUUUAACGGAAAUUAUGAAGACUGGUAUCCGUUUUACAAUACUUUUGAGUCCAUGAUACAUGCAAAUACGAGAUUAACAAAUAGCCAACGGUUUCACUAUUUAAUUUCAUCUCUCGAGGGCGAUGCCGCACACGUUAUUGAAUCACUAGAAAUCACUCCCGAUAACUAUGUUGAGGCGUUAGAUUUAUUAAAACAGCGGUAUGACGAUAAGCGUGUAAUAGCGCAAGAGCACAUAAAGGCAUUAUACGAUCUACCUACGGUAACAAAGGGCAAUCACACAGCGUUACGAAAAUUACUUGAUGACGUGUUGCGACAUUUGCGCUCUUUAAAAAGUUUAUGCAGGCCGACUGAGCAUUGGGACGAUCUUGUCGUUCAUUUAGUUGUUACGAAACUGGAUUCAAGCCUUGUUAGCGAAUGGGAAAAUCAUAUUCCAACGGACGAGAUUCCAACUUUAAAGCAAAUCACUGACUUUCUUGCUCACAAAUGUAAAGCAAUGUCAGUCUUAGCAAAAAAGGUAUCCAGUGAUACAUCCGCGCCCAAUCCACGCAAGAAUAACAAAUUCGCUAACGUUCAUUUAACCACGUCUAUUAUUUACUGCGCUCAUUGCAAAGGAAGGCAUCAUAUAUUUCAAUGUUCUAGUUUUUUAAAAUUGUCGAGUGCGGAUAGAAACAAGGAAGCGAGAAUUAAGGGACUAUGCCUUAAUUGUCUGCGUUCCAUCUCUCAUCAAGCUAAGGAUUGCAAGUCGUUAACAUGUCAAACAUGCAACAAAAAGCAUAAUACGCUUCUUCAUGUGCAGGAAAGACUCCAAAGGGAUACCGAAUCCACAAGUCAAUCUCAUCAAUCAAACAACACUAACACAGUAACUUUGAAUCAUCAUAUCACUCAAGAUAAGUAUUAUCAGGUCAUAUUGUCAACUGCAGUCGUCAAUGCUAUUGACCAGAGCGGCAAUUCACAUACAUGUAGAGUACUGCUAGACUCGGGAUCCCAAUCUAGUUUUAUCACAGAGAAAUUAGCAAGCAAAUUAAAUCUCACACCAAGGCAAAUCAAUAUAGCUAUAACAGGAAUAAAUAAUUCACAGACGCAUUCUUGUCAUGUUGUUAAUGUACGCAUAAAGUCGCGUCAUAUGUCAUUCUCACAAGAAGUCGAAUGUUACAUAUUAAACGCCAUUACUGAAAACUUACCUCGAACUCGCAUAAAUAUCAACGAUUUCAAAAUUCCAAAUAACAUAAGAUUGGCCGAUCCUCAUUUUCAUAAACCAAACGAAAUAGACAUGCUCAUGGGCGUUGAAUUGUUCUGGCAGUUAUUAUGUGUGGGGCAGAUACAGAAACAUAAAAAUCAGCCCAUCUUCCAGAAGACACAACUAGGAUGGAUCGUCAGCGGUAAGGCUCAUGAGAGAGUACACCCGCAAAAUCUAAAAUAUGCAGUCUAUCAAUUAAUCAACAAAUUAAUCAGACUCUCACCAAAUUCUGGGAAAUGGAACACAUUAUCAACGAGACCCCAUUUAAUCCUGAAGAAGCAACCUGCAUGA